AUCUACGCCAAACUAAAAAACGACAUCGUUUAAGGCUCUUCUCUUCUCUUCUCUUCUCUUCCUUGUGAAUCAAAAAACACAGCGAUCAAAAGUCUUCUUCUUGCGAAUCUCAAAGAAGCAAAAAGCAUGGCGACUUUUGACGACGGAGAUUUCCCAGCUCAAACCCAUUCUCCAUCUGAACACGAUGACUUUGGUGGCUACGAUAAUUUCUCCGAAGCCCAGCCACCUCCGACUCAACAUCAAUCCGGUGGAUUCUCUUCUUUCAAUGGUGAUGGAGCUUAUGGAUCUGAGAAUCCUGCUUCCCCAAACGGAUAUGGAUUUGGUGCUUCCUCACCUAACCAUGACUUUUCCUCGCCUUUUGAAUCUUCCGUUAACGAUGCUAACGGAAGCGGUGAUGCGAUCUUCGCUUCCGAUGGUCCGAUUCUUCCAGAUCCAAAUGAGAUGCGGGAGGAGGGUUUCCAACGCCGUGAGUGGCGCCGUCUGAACACCAUUCACCUUGAGGAGAAGGAAAAGAAAGAGAAGGAGAUGCGGAAUCAGAUCAUAACUGAAGCAGAAGAAUACAAGAAAUCCUUCUAUGAGAAAAGAGAGAAGACCAUUGAAACCAACAAGACUGAUAACCGCGAAAAGGAGAAGCUAUACUGGGCUAACCAAGAGAAGUUCCACAAAGAAGUUGACAAGCAUUACUGGAAAGCAAUUGCAGAGCUAAUCCCUCGUGAGGUUCCCAACAUCGAGAAGAAGAGAGGGAAAAAGGAUCCGGACAAGAAACCAUCAGUGAAUGUUAUCCAGGGUCCUAAACCUGGGAAGCCAACUGAUCUAGGGAGAAUGAGACAGAUAUUCUUGAAGCUUAAGACAAAUCCCCCACCUCACAUGAUGCCGCCUCCUCCUCCAGCCAAAGAUGCCAAAGAUGGGAAGGAUGCCAAAGAUGGCAAAGAUGCAAAAGCUGGGAAAGACGCCAAGGACUUAAAAGAUGGGAAACCUGCAGAUCCAAAGGUGACAGAGGAAAAACCUGCUUCACCUGCCAAAGAUGCAAGUGUUGAAACAGCGAAACCUGAUGCUGCUGCCUCGGGAGAGGGAGAGAAACCUGUAGCUGUGACUGAGGCCGAGGGAGCCAAGGCAGAGUGAAGGGUCUUUAGUAUUACUGAUGGGGGAUUAUUUGAUAUUGAAGUCACAAUAGCUGCGGGGGAAAUAAGAAGAGGUAAGUAAUGUGCACAUUGAAGCUCUUUUGGGCGAUGUCUGUGAGCACACCAUUUCCUCUUCUGGAGAGAGAAUUUUUAGUCCUUUUGUUUUGGUUUAUUAUUUUUUAUUACCAUUAUAUUUCUUCUGCAAAAUUUGGUUUUUGUCUUGGAUGAUCACCUUAAAUCAUUUUGUUUCCACGUAUUUUAUACUUAUGUGCACAUUUAUUAAGACUUGAGAAGUAAAGGUUGUUGGAUGAAUCAUUUGAUUGUAUGAUGUGGGCAUAA